GUUGUCAGUUGGACGAUCAGGGAGACUGGACUCGCUGGUUUUCACCGCUGCUGCUGCACCAACGAUCUCCCGGAGACAUGAGGCGAAAGGAGAAGAGGCUGCUGCAGUUCGCCGGGCUGCUCAUAGCGGCAGUUCUUUUCCUCCCCUACGUGGGGCUGUGGUCUUUGUACAGGGACCGACUGUUUGACAACUCGCCCGACACAGUGGACCGUCCGGGUGGCAUCCACGCGAUACAGGGGCUGAAUGAGAUCAGGAAGGUUUCUCAGGUGGGACUUGAUGGUGUGCGGAGGACGGACUGGCACGACUAUGAGGCAAUGAGAAGAGAUGCUGCUCGCGUUGGUAAUGGCGAACAGGGGAAACCGUUCCCCCUGACAGAAACUGACCGGGUCGACCAGGCCUACAGGGAGAACGGCUUCAACAUUUACAUCAGCGACCGAAUCUCCCUCAACCGCUCCCUCCCUGACAUCCGCCAUUCAAACUGUAAACAGAGGCUGUAUGCAGAGAAGCUGCCCAACACCAGCAUCAUCAUCCCAUUCCACAACGAGGGCUGGUCGUCGCUGCUGAGGACUGUGCACAGUGUGCUCAACCGCUCUCCCCCGCAGCUCAUCGCAGAACUCAUCCUGGUGGACGACUUCAGCGACAAAGAGCACCUAAAGGUUCCAUUGGAGCGGUACAUGAUGCGGAUACCAAAGGUUCACAUCCUGAGGACUAAGAAGAGGGAGGGGCUGAUCAGGACACGCCUGCUUGGAGCUGCCACUGCUAAAGGGGAAGUCAUCACCUUCCUGGACUCCCACUGUGAGGCCAACAUCAAUUGGCUGCCUCCGCUGCUGGAUCGAAUCGCCCAGAACAGGAAGGCUAUUGUGUGUCCGAUGAUCGAUGUGAUCGACCACGACCACUUUGGAUAUGACACGCAGGCAGGGGACGCCAUGCGAGGGGCAUUUGACUGGGAAAUGUACUACAAACGAAUUCCCAUCCCUCCGGAGCUGCAGAGGGAUGACCCCAGUGAACCCUUUGAGUCGCCGGUGAUGGCAGGAGGCCUGUUUGCUGUGGAUAGGAAGUGGUUCUGGGAGCUGGGAGGAUACGACACGGGUCUGGAGAUCUGGGGAGGAGAGCAGUACGAGAUCUCCUUCAAGGUGUGGAUGUGUGGUGGUCGGAUGGAGGACAUCCCCUGCUCCAGGGUAGGACACAUCUACAGGAAAUAUGUCCCCUACAAGGUCCCUGGUGGAAUCAGCUUGGCAAAGAAUCUGAAGCGUGUGGCAGAGGUCUGGAUGGACGAAUACGCCGAAUACGUCUACCAGCGUCGGCCCGAGUACCGCCACCUGUCAGCAGGAGACAUGACGGUGCAGAAGGAGCUAAGGAAGCGGCUCAGCUGCAAAAGCUUCAAGUGGUUCAUGAGUGAGGUGGCCUGGGAUCUGCCAAAACACUACCCACCGGUGGAGCCUCCUGCUGCUGCGUGGGGAGAGAUACAGAACGUGGGCAGCGGCAUGUGUAUGGAAAUCAAACACUUUGUUUCAGGGAGCCCUAUCCACCUGGAGAGCUGUGUGAAGGGGCACGGUGAGGUAGCCUGGAGUCAUGGACAGGUGUUGACAUUUGGUUGGAGGGAGGAUAUUCGGGUGGGUGACCCCAUGCACACCAGAAAGGUUUGCUUCGAUGCCGUCUCCCACAACAGCCCCGUGACCCUGUAUGACUGCCAUGGCAUGAAGGGGAACCAGCUGUGGCGAUACAGAAAGGAUAAGAGUCUGUACCACCCGGUCAGUAACAGCUGCAUCGACAGCAGCACGAGCGAGCGGCGAGUCUUCAUGAACACGUGUGACCCCUCCUCUCCCAGCCAGCAGUGGCUGUUUGAGAGAACCAACUCCACCGUACUGGAGCACUUCAACCGGGGCACCAACUGAGGGCGCUGGACAGCGAGAUGAGGCGUCUUCCAAAGAAAAAGAUCAAGAAACAGUUAUGACCUUUGAUCAGAUAAAAUUGGAAGCUAGAGAUGCUGCUUCAGAAACAUUCCUGGUGGUACAGCAGUGAUUCAGUGCUCUGGCUGAGAGCUCAGGGUGCUGAAGAGCUGGAUGGACCAACACACACACACACACACACACACACACACUCUGCAUCUAGAAUACACUGGUACAGCAUGAUGAGGAAGGAGGUAAAAGAAUGCUUGCCUGAGCAACAAUCUACUGCCAACUGAAAUUCACUUAAAAUACAAAUACAUUUCAUUGGCUGUCUGUAUUCUGUCCUUUCCUAGGGUGGGAGAACAUAGGAAACCUGACUGCCCUGUGGAAACCCAAAAAGCUACAGACAAGAGUUUACAAGAGACAAAAGUGUGCAAAUAUGCCCCUUUCUGUCACUGCGGGUUUAAGUUUGUCAGACCCAGAUUCUGCUGGAUUUAAGGAACGUCUAUUCUAGUGCUUCUUUAACUGUCUUUUUAUAUGUUUGGCCUAAAAUGUUCUGCAGGAUAUACAUGUUCUUCUUUCAUAAUACCUGAGGAAAAAAGGCCGAACAUAUUUUGAACAAGUGUUUCUGCACAAUGUGCAGGUGCACAGCCAGAAUGUCCUUUUUCAAUGAAACAUCUUGUACAGACUCAUCCUAAAAAUGCAAAUAUUUUUUCUACUACAUAAAACAGAAUUAUGUAAAUUGUGUUUGUUUCUUUCUCAAGGUGUUUUUUUUUUCUUCGUUCAAAUGCUUAAUAUUUUAUAGCUAGGCUUAGAGGCCUGAGGUGAAUAUCCAGAACAUGAAACCAGAGAAUGUUUCUUCAGUCGGGAUAAAGUCCUAGCAAGGCAAGACUGUAUGCAAAAAUACAGCUACUAUUUAAAAAAGCUUAACAUGUUAUCACACAUAUAUGUUAAAAGCUUAGACAACCUCCUUCUUCCCGCUGAUGACUGAGUACCAACAGGUGUGCAGUUUAGAACCUGAUGCAGUCACAGAAGCACACAUUUAAUAAAUAAAAGUGAGGAUAUCCCAGCAUUAGGGAUACGAGACUGCACUUCAUAACCAAUAUACUGUAAAGCUGAUAGAUCCAAAUUUGAUGUGUCCCUUUAACUGCAAUCUGCAGAAAUGGAAGAUAGAAACUAAAUAGUCUGAAGCUCUUUAAGGUUGUAACAAUCACUGAGCUUUGCUGAGAAGCUUAUUGAAGUCUCUGCCUCUUAGUUUCUUUGUCUUAGCGAAGACCUUUAUCUGUUUUUAGGCUGUCACAUCACAACAGGUUAAAA